AUGCAGAUGAAAUACAUGAAGCCCAUGAAAUUGUACCAUGAAUUGUUGAAAUCAAAUGAGCUCAAAAGAAGCAGUUUGCUCGGUUUGGAUGUCGGUGAUAAAUACGUGGGCCUCUCUGUUUCCGAUGCUAAUAACAAAAUCGCUUCGCCUUUAAGCGUCCUGGUUCGGAACAAGAACAAUAUUGACUUGAUAGCUAGUGACUUCAAAAGUUUGAUCUCCAAGCUAUCGCUGUCGGGUUUAGUGGUUGGCUACCCUUUUGACAGGCAGAGGAGCAGCCCGGAUGCUGUGCAAGUGAAGAUUUUCAUUGAUGGCCUAACAAAAACAGGGAAAUUUGGCAAUUUGAAGUAUACCUUUUGGGAUGAGUGCUUCACAUCAAAGAAUGUCGAAUUUCUCUUGAAGCCUCUCUCGUUGCAUCCAGUGCAAUUUAAGACAAUUUUGGACAAAUUUGCUGCGGUUGGAAUCCUUCAGGGGUACCUAGAUUUUGUUAACCGGAGUCUAGAUCAAGAAGCUGAAAUCUUCCAAAAUGAAAACUAUGCGGAGUCUGUCAACGAUGAUUGGUGCAAUUCAGAAAAUUAGUUUUCCUUUGUAAACACUAGCAAUUAAGUUUAAAACGUGUAUCUAUAAAGAUCAAUUCCUAAGAGUAUGUUCUCAAGGUUCCAGGUAAGCUAGUCACAUAGGUUAAAUGCAUUUAAAUAGCUAAGAAUGAUGACAAGCGUGUAAGAAAAUUAGAUAUCCAAACUUUAAGGCUGUUUCGGUCCGAGCAGCAGUUGAUUAAGAUCAUAAGAGUCUAUUCGUGAAGGUUGAAGCAUGUGACUGCUGGAUAACGCAGCCCAAUUAUCUUUAUUACUUAUUUAAUUAGAUUAGUUAAUUUAUGUUGGUAUAUAUAUAAUUGUGGCUGAGACCUUUUAUUAGGUGUGUAGUUUGUCGAUAGAAAAAUCAAAUAUAGUUUUAGUAUAUACAAUGUAGUUCCACUCUUGAUUUCUUUCGUCGUGGGUGUUUGAGAGUAUCAUAUUAUUUUUUUCAAAUGGAAUUUUGCUUUC